AUGGAAUGGAUCCGUAAGCACCGCGAUGAUCGUAAACGCAAAAGACUGGCGACUCGUCAGACCGCACUGAGGAACGCCCAGCUCCAACUUCAUGCCGAACAAGCACAUUUUGAGUCCGCAGUGGCGUCAGCUCCUAUGAGAUUCUUCUCAAUACACCGCAAGCGGGGUGCGAGCACCAGCUUGACCAGAUACGACCUGCUCGAACAAACCGGUGAAGAACCUGAAUAUCCAAACCAAGCGACAGAGGAAGAAAGCGGAGAAAUACUAGAGAGUUCAUUACCAUCAAUGGAUGUCGAGAAUGGAGUAGAGAUACCCAGUGACGCAUUUGCCACCCCACGGCCAUCACAACAACUAUUGCCCAUCGACUCAAUAUCGAAUGCCAGCCAGCCACAAUUACCAACACCAGAGGUCCACAAUGCUGUAGGCCAAAACUGGCUCGAUCGAGUAAGCAGCACCAUCCGCCGCAAGCCCACCAUCAAAGAAGCCUACAAAAGCGGUGGCAUCCGCUCAGCCUGGGCAUGUACCCUGCCCCGAAACUGGAAGACGCGUAAUGCCGCUGCCGCAAAAGCCCUGGCCGACAAUGCUACAGCGCUGGACAAACCCCAGCUCCCUAGAUCAAUGGAUGACAUGGAUCUUGAUGACGAAAAGAGAAGUCCGCUUCCAAUCCACUGGCGCGAGGGAGCAGAAUCGCGACAAGCCUUUGCCAAGAGGACGAGCGGAAUCGCUAGUUGUGACAGUGAGCUCGGGGAUUGGAAUAGUCCCAGAGAGUCCGGGGAUGAAGAUGGCCAUGGAGAUGGAGAAGAAGAAGUGGAUCCGGAGUUUAGAGACUGGGCGAAUCAGUACAAGAUGCUGGUUGAGCAGUAUGACCCUCUCGCUGAUGCAAGUAAGCGUGCGUCGACUUUCAGUAGGCGAUCAAAGCAGAGCUACAGUGACUACUUUCGAGAAUCGUGA